AUGUGCAGUAAAGAUAAAUUGCAUAUUUUGUGGAUUUUAGUGGGUGUGGUUUGCGUGACCAUUUCAAUAGGACUCCUGAGACAUGUAUUUAACGUCAGCACACUCGAUAUUUUAUUCGUCACUCCGGUUGUUUUGGUUAUUGGAUUUGCGUAUACCAUAAAAAUGAUGUCCGAUGUGGAACAUAUACAUUUAGCGCUCCUGGCAAUUUUUUUCAUACCAAUUAGCUGUACAUUCGAAUUUGUGUUAAGGAUAAGAUCACUACUAACAGACUGGAGCUCGCUAAAAAUAUUGUGGAAAAUCAUUGGCAUUUUGCAUCUGACAUUUUUAAUAGGUAAGAAGUGA